CCUCUGGAUUUGUGCCGAAAUUUCAUGGACUCAGCGGCGCAGGGCCCCCCAUUGAGCAGUGGCCAGCGUCCAGCGGCAUCCAGCGCCGGCCAUGGCCGGGCAAGAUGCAGAUCCGGCGGAGCGAGCCUUCAGCGAGUUGCUGGCACCCAUAGGCGGUCAGCUGACGCUGGGCAGCACCCUGGGCUUCGUGUCCGGGGUGGCGCUGCGGACGGUGGGGCGCCUGGCGGCCGUGGGGGUGGGCUGCACCUUCUGCGUGAUCCAAGGCCUGGCCUACAACGGCUACAUUGAGGUGAACUGGCGGAAGAUGGAGAAGAGCUACCUGACUCUCUUGGACAGAGACGGCGACGGUGAGGUGGGGGCCGGUGACCUGGCGGUGGUGUGGCAGAAGACCGUGGAUUGCCUUGCCUUCAACCUACCUGCGGGCGUGGGCUUCACCGCUGGCCUGGCCUAUGGUCUGGGCGCCACUGCUGGCACCUCCCUGCGCACCGCGCUCUUUGCAGGUGUCGCCCCCCGCCUGCUGGCGGGGCGCAUGCUGGUGGGUGGCCUGGGGGCCACGGGCUCCCCGGCCGCGGCCACGGGGCUGAUGACCUGGUGGAGCGCCGAGAAGCCCAAGGUGCGUCCUGGCUACUGCCGCAGCUACAUGCUGGGGGAGCCGGAGGAGAAAUGUGCCUGGUCCACGAAGCUGUCAAAAUGACGCGCCUGGCCAGGUUGUAUGUGGGGCACGGUGCCACCGCUUGAGCCUUUGCUAGGAGAAAGUGGCUGUUACAGCGCCGCAUGUGGCCAAAAGUUGAGCGAGCGGGCGGGCCAGGCUGCCAGGCUGGGCAAACGCACGGCCAGAGACACACAGGGACUUGGACCUGAGCAGAACGCGACCUGGGCUCUUUUGGUCUUGAGAACCCAUCGGAGAACGGUCUUGUGACCAGCCGCUUUGAUUUAGACAUGCAAUACUUUCUGGAGGCACUGGUGGCAGACUAAACAAUAUGUCCGCUCAAUUAUUGGGAGCAGAAAAACCGCGCAUGUGAGUAGCAUGGAUGACACGUGCAGAGAAUGUGCAGGCGCUGCGCCGAAGCCGACGGGGCCCAACGAAACGCAGAUUACACAGAGGACCC